AUGUUAUUAAUAUCCCACGCCUCGUCCGCACCGCCAAACAAAGUCGCCAUCGCCAGAAGAAGCAGCAGCAUUGCCCCUGCUGAUCGCAAUGGAGCCGGCGGCGUAACCACCCCGCAAGCCGACCUGCUCGCCUCCAAAUCAAACUACGAACUGAUUUCCUCGGGCCAGCACCUAGAAAUGGGCUUGCACUUUAGCGCCGCCAUGGCCACGGGCGUCAUGAUGAAGCGCGCGACGCACCGCGCCGCCGAGCAGGCCCGCCGCGACCGCAUGAAAAACGCAAUGGUCGAUCUCGCAGAGUUCCUGCUCGACGGCGAAGUCACCUUUGGCAGCGGAACCACGUGCUUUGUCGUCAUGCGCGGCAGCCCCGAUGACGACGCUGCUGCUGCUGCUGCCGACAAGAGCAGCAUCACUAGUAGUAGUGGUGACGCCGAGAAAACCGCAAAAUCAAGUGUUGCCGGCGAAAAGAAAACCGUGAAUAAAGCGCGAUUAAUCGAAAUGGCCCUCGAGAAAAUGAAGGCCCAGGAGAAGGAAAUCGAGAGGUUGAGGCUGGAGGUGGAGAUGCUGAGGGCUGGCGAGGCCGAGCCCGAGCAAGAGGGAGAUACAAUGGAUGUUUCGGCUUGA